GAGGGAACCUGCAUGUUCUCAGAGAACACACACAGUCUCUCCUCAGAUCUCCUGCUCCCGUGGAUCCUCCAGCGACCUGUGACUGGGUGGAAAUGAUGGCUCUGUGGACCAGCAGGGUUCCCCUGGCGGUGAUGCUGCUGCUGCUGCUGCUGCAGGCUGCGCGCUGCAUUGAUGGACACAAGCCGGUCAUCAUCGUUCACGGCAUCUUCGACGGACCCAAGCAGUUUGAGAUUCUCUCCACGUUCAUUAAGAAGGCACAUCCAGACACCGAGGUGCAUACCAUUAGUCUCUACAACGACAUGGAGAGUCUGGUGCCGUUGUGGGAGCAGGUUGAAGACUUCAGGAAGGCCAUCGAGGAGAUCAUGAACAAGUCUCCAGAAGGAGUCCAUCUGCUGUGUUUCUCACAAGGUGGUCUAAUCUGUCAAGCAGUUCUCUCCACGUCUCCCAAUCACAACGUGCACACGUUCAUCUCCCUGUCAUCUCCACUGGCUGGACAGUAUGGAGACACAGAUUACCUGAAGAAGGCGUUUCCUGACUGUUUAAAGGAGUAUGUUUACUUUCUCUGCUACAACAAAAUGGGCCAAGAAAUUUCAAUUUGUGACUACUGGAAUGACCCUCACCAUAGAGCCGACUACCUGAGGGGUAACACUUUCCUGCCUCUACUAAACGGUGAAAAACCUCACAAGUUCAUAAAAGAAUGGAGAGAAAACUUCCUGCGCAUCAAGAAGAUGGUGCUGAUUGGAGGUCCAGAUGAUGGGGUCAUCACUCCGUGGCAAUCCAGCCACUACGGGUUUUAUAACGCCAGCGAAGAUGUUGUGGAAAUGAGGAACCAGGAGUUUUACAAGCGCGACACGUUUGGUCUGAGGACGCUGGACGCUCGCGGUGACGUGUCGGUGUGCGUUCAGUCCGGCGUGGAGCACACACACUGGCACUCCAACUUCACCGUGUUCACCAACUGCAUAGAGAAAUGGCUCAUAUGAAAGUGGCUGAACACACUCUGAAAUGUGCUAAAGUUUAAAACACGUAAGCUUUUAAAUUCAGCUGGUACUAAAUUAAAGUAAAAGCCAUAAAUGCUCAACACAGAGAAUGUGGUGACAUCUAGUUGUAGAAAUUAAGAUUACAACCAAAUAAAGUAUAUUCCUUCUUUCCCCUAAAAUCAGGAAACACUUAAAUAGGUGUUCAGUUCAACUAUUGAUCUGUAGGACUUUAAUCUCAUUUUUUAUAUUUCUACUGAGUUAAAUGACAACAACAAUAGAUAUUUUUGUAUUUUAUUUUUUGUUCAUGAGGAUAAUGAAAUCUUUUGUGAAGGGAGAAAAAUCCUAAAUGCCUUUUUAAGUCAAUUGCUUUGUUGUUCAUUUUUAUUCUGCAGACAUUUAUACUAAUCAGAAAAAGCAUCUCAUAUGGUUUAUUUUUUAGAUAUUGUGUUAGUGCAAUUUUCUCACAACUACUGCUACUACUACUACUUUACUUAUAAAGCACUUUAAAAUAACCAUGGCCGCACAUAUUCAAGUGGUGCACAUAAAAAAUAUGAAAAAAUAUGAAACAUUUAAACAUAAAGCAAGAAAAAAAAUCAAGAACAGACGGUUAAAAUGAUACAACAAAUAAAACAAUAAAACAGAGCAAAAGCAAAAGUCUCGUUUUUAAUAGGGUUUUAAAAGUGAACAGUGAAGGAGCUCAUCUGAUUUUGAGGGGUAGAUCAUUCCAUAGCCUUGGGGCAGGAAUACUAAAACUACCGUCCCCUCUGAGCUUCCAGAAGCAGCUGAUCUGGAGGCACCAAGGCCUAACCUGAGACACCGAGCAGGAGAGUAAGGUGGGAGCAGUUAAAGCUAUAGCUGGUAAUCUGCUACUACUGGUUAAAAUAGUCCUUCCAUCCUGAAAGUAGUAAAUACAUUAUUUAUUCACAAAAACAAGAUUUAAAAAAUGUUUUCUGUGGGAGCUGCAGACCUAUAAAAACUCUAACCAAUCCAUGCCCUUCAGAACGAGUUUUUGCUCUCACCCCCCCUCUGUCCCUCAAGGUGCGGGGGUAUCAUCACCUUAACUAUUGGUUGUCCCACAUGUCAAUGAUUCUCACGCGCUCAGUGUCCGUGGUCUUUCCUUUCCAGUUUCCACUUGCUGGCUGUGCAAUUCUGGUGUUUAUGUAUACGGAUAGAUUAGUGACUAAGUUAGCAGUUAGCUUAACGGUUAGCUGUUUAUUGAAGCUCCAAUGCUCUGACCGUAGACUUUGAACAUGACUGAAAGUUGCACGACGUGAACCUCGUUCAUGUUUAUGAGGAGAAGAGGAAGUCCUCAGUAGAAAGAAAUAUAACCAGAGUGAAUUUGGGAGAUUUUUAAGAUGUGAACCCCCUGAAGUGUGGAAGAGCGAGGUAAGCCGGUCUUGUGCAUGCGCAGUUAUUCAAAAAGGGACUCACCUCUCUUAAAAUACUACCUGAUGGUGAAAGAUUUCAAUUUUGAAGUUAGUACUUUAAAAAAGAUGUAAGUACUUUGUUGUCAUGGACGCUUCUCAUAAAAAACUUUAGACUUCUGGGAUUAAAGACUCUUAAAGAGAAAAUGUAACAGUUUGGUUUGUUCAGCAUAAAAUUUUGUAAUCUGACGUUUUUUUUUUAAUGAAGCAUUAAAAUCAGUUUUUAAAGUUGCAGUUAUCUGGGAUUAAAAAGCAUUGGUCCGGGAACAAAUGUCAAAGUUUCCAGCGGUCUCAUGUAUGUAGCAUGCAUACGCACUACAAAACUGUGUCGCAAUGUUUAACUCACAAUUCAGGAUGUGGAAAAAAUAACAUUGCGUGAAAUUGUGCAGAAAUCCACACAAACAUUUUCAAUUUCAAGAUAACAAACAAACAAAUAUCUAAAACUCACCUAAAUGUACUUAAAUUUAACGCAGUUCAGUUUUAUUUAACUCAAGGAGCAUCAACUGAAUCGCAUUUAGCCUCAUACAAUCUCAACAAAUUAUGGAAACAACCUCAAUCAGAUGUAAACUCUUUUUUCAUCACGGUUUGGUGUAAAUGAGAUCAGUCUGUGUAAUGAGGAGCGUUAAAUGCAUGUAAAUUAUUUAAGAGACCUGGAUAGCGUCAGAUCUACAGUUUAACAUUUUGUUUGAUUUGUGUGAUUAUUCCAUAAUCAAAGGGCGGACUAUAGUGGAGAAUGUUCUACUCUACUUCUAAAUUUAAACUUUAUGCAAAAUAUGUUGUCACCUUUAACAGAAUGGCAUGUAUAGUCUACAGCCUGUGUUUACAGAAGUGUAAGGUUAAUCAGAGUUCAGUUUCUCAAUGUGUGCUUACAUGAUCGUAAAGCAUUAUCAGAACUUUUACUAUUUCCUCCAUAUGUGUCAAAGUGUGGAGAAUGUAAUAUGUCACAUGAGGCUCUUUGUUCAUCACAGACGCUCCUCAUGUUUCUGUACAUCUGUUCCCUAUGAAGACACAGUUUUGCCUUUGGGGAACAAUGCACCUUUAAUGCUGUUUUGCUUUCAAUAAACACCAGUCUCUGUAUUGAAAGAGUGUCUUGCUGUUUGAUAAUCAUUUAUUAACUUUAUCAGUUACCACCUGCCAUCCAAGGUCUGUUUACUCUGAAUGAGAAUAGUAGCAGAAGAAUAUUGGAUUUUAAACAUCCAUCUGCCAGAAACACACUUAAACAAAUUACUAUUUCUGUUGCUGCUGUAAAACAGUGGAAC